AUGGAUACAGUUCUAGUUAAAAUUAAACACGGAGAAUUACGUGGAAAACUUCAAAACAAUUAUAAAAAUAGAACAUUUUAUAGCUUCUUUGGAAUUCCAUAUGCUACACCUCCACUCGGAAAUUUAAGAUUUAAGCCUCCUCAACCUCUUAAACCAUGGAAAGGAAUUUUAGAUGUAACUGAGGAAAAAGAAGGAUGCAUUGCACCUAAUACAUACACAAGGAAAUUAGAAGGAAGUGAAGACUGUUUACAUUUAAAUGUUUAUACUCCAGAAGUUAAUACUGGAAAAACAAAGUUAAAACCAGUUAUAGUUUUCAUCCAUGGUGGAGCUUUCUUAAUAGGAAAUACUAAAACAGAAAUUUACGGUCCUGAAUUUUUAUUAACUGAAGAUGUAGUUCUUGUAUUAAUUUCUUAUAGGCUCGGAGCUUUAGGUUGGUCACGUCUUGAAGAUGGCUCCUUAGGAAUCCCAGGUAAUCAAGGGCUUCGAGACAUCAUCAUGGGUUUAAAUUGGGUUCAAAGAAAUAUUGAAUCAUUUUCGGGUAAUCCAAACAACGUAACAUUGUUUGGAGAAAGCACAGGGGCUCUUCUUGCCCAUAUCCUUAUGUUUGUACCAUCAUGUGAAGGACUUUUCCACAAAAUAAUUCUUCACAGUACAUUGGGCAUUCUUCAUUCGGCAUUCGGUCAAAAUGAUUUCAUGAAAAAGUUGGCAAAAAGAUUGGGUCACUCUUCAGAAAGUGAUAAAGAUAUUUUAGAAUUUUUACAGAAACAACCGAUUGAGAAAAUUAUUCAAAGACAGAUGAUAUAUAAAUCUUCCUUAAUAGCGAAUGUCGAGAGACCGUUUUAUCCAGUCUUUGAAAAUGAUGAUAAUAUAGAAGAAAAAAUAACUUUUACAGAUUAUAAGGAACGUAUAAAAAAAGGUGUCGAUUUUCCCGGAGCUUCUCAUUCCGAUGAAUUGUGUUAUUUGUUUAAGAUGUCUAAAAAUCCACCGGUCGAAGAAAACAGUUACGAAGAUAAAACGAUUCAAAGAAUGGUUAAGUUGUGGACUAAUUUUGCCAGGAAUGGAAAUCCGAAUAAUCUUGACGACGAGAAUGCUUUAAUUAAUAUUGAAUGGAAACCGAUUGAAAAGGACAAGCUACAUUUUAUUAAUAUUGGAGAUGAAUUAACGGUUGGGAUUAAUCCUGAUAAAGAGGGGACUGACUUUUGGGACGAAGUGUUUAAUAUGAAAUCAAUAUCUAAAUUGUAA